AGGAACCUUUCCACUUCCACCGCUGUACCUGGCUGCUGCUGUCUGGAUAACGCCGGGAACCGAAAACAAGAGUCCUGCACGGGUCUAAAACGAACGCUGAAAUACCGCAGUUGCCUCCGGGAUGUCGCCUCCUCUAUGGGCCCUCAGCCUCCCCGUAGGCACCGUCUUCGUCUUCGUUCCCCGCAUCAUCUCGUUGACGCUGCAAAUCAUGUCUGGAGCGCCCCUGAGGAACAGCAGCCCUCGAGAGCACGCCGAGAGCAAGGAUGUCGCCGCCAAGGACACCCAUGGGUACGUGCGUCGCGCGUACGCGGCUCACCAGAACAGCUGGGAGGCCAUGAUCCUGUGGUCUGCGGCGGUGCUCUUCGCAAAGUCGACGGGGGUGGACGUGGACGUGAUGAACAAUACGGCAGCUGUGUGGUUGGCGGCUCGGUUCGUAUACACACCGGCGUACAUUCUGAUCAGGAGCAACACGAAGGCGUUCUUCCGAACUUUCGUCUUCACGAUCGGCACGGCCUGUUCCGUGCGCCUCAUGUGGCAGGCCGCUCUGAAGGCUUGAUAAACUCCCCAAGGGAGGGGAGGUUGCCUUGAUGAUCCCGUUGACUCACCGCAUUGAGCGGCACGUCGCCCCUAUCCCCGGGGUCCUCUACCGCCUGGGGUCGCCCUCGGUGACAAGAAGAUGGAAGAGGCUAUUGAUUGGAUCACAACUCCUUGGGGUGUCAGUUGGACGAUGUUAGACUCGAUCGAAAUUCCUUGGGUCUUUGUGCUCCUCACUGCGAUUUGUAAGGAACGUGUUCAGGUUGACCUUGUCAGGGGUUUUGUGCCUGUGACACAAUUUUUUUGAUGAGAGAACUCGCGUCUUCGAUCUUGUACCACUGAAGCAUUGAUUAGCGAUGUGGUAUAUGCAUCCUGCGAUGCAAGUCCCUACAGUGGUGCCGGCUAUUGUCUUCCAGAACAACUGGUGAAUGAGGUUUUUUGAGCGCUCUAUGUCUGCUCUUGAUAUUCCUGUGGUGGGUAGGCUUUGCCGUCGAUAGUGAAAUCUCUCGGGGGUAGCUAGCUCACGCCCUUGUGCCCGGUGAGCGCCGGGCGCUCCUCAUCUCGAAAGAAUGCAACAAAACUCCGUCUCUAAAAAGUCCGGCGCAUCUCCGCUCAAUGUUUGUGGUUUCAGCGUCCGCGUAGAUCUCGAACGUGGUUGCCUGUUUUCCCCGGCGUGGCGGUGCUUGCGUGGGGUAGGAGUACAUGCGGAGCGCUCCUGUAGCUCCCGCCGCAUGAUCGAGGUGGCGUUGGCGCGGACGCCCUUUGUCGGCGACUUUUGUCGGCUCCGCGACUGCAGCACUACUCUCUCUCUCGCACCAAGGAAGU